AGUCUAUACUGUCUAUUCUUUCUGAAACGAAUAAAGAUAAGUUCACAAUGUUACACAUGCAUAUGUACACAAAAUUCGAAUUGAAAUUCAUUUCGCCAAUUUAUACAUAAUAUAUUCUGAUGGAACUACAAAAAUUAAUGAUGUUUUGGGCUCAUUGAAUGCUGAUAUUGUCACUAUUUCAUUGUGGAUAAAUAGUGUGAUUUACCCGUAACCAGUAUCGAAUCCAAAAAUUUUAUGUAAUUCGUGUGCAACCGGAAACGUAUAAUUCAGGAUACACCGUGUCAUCGAAACGUUCACUGAUUUUGAAUUCUUUUCAAAGAUAGAAUGAUAUGCAAUUAAUGUCAGCACGUUUUCCUGUUAAUUUCCCUUAUAUAUUCGACCAAACGAGAACAUGUUUUUAUCAAUCGUACGUUAACUUUACGAAACGUAGACACCAUGAAACAUUUCGAACCGCUUAUUUUAACUUGGAUUAUUUUAUUUUUUUUUCACGAGGGAACAUCCUUAAAAUGUCGUUCCGGAAAUCAAGAAGUCGACGUGCAAUUCCAAAAAGUGUUGACGACCUGCAGGAAACGAUAUGCUGAUUCAAACACAGAUAACUCGGAAGAUUCUACUUCUACAGAAAACAACAGUUCAGAAAGCGAUUCAAAUUCUGAUGAGAAUAUUUAUGAAAAAAAUUUUUUUGAUAAAAAAGGCGACCAAUCUUAUAAUCAAUCUACAAACACUCAGAGAUAUAGGAACUCUAAUAGGAACAGCAAUAUAAAUACAUCUGACCGUUCAAUUAACAGGAAUAUCAAACAUUUUCAUAAUAUAAGGCAUAUUCGUAGAUCAAAUGAUCAGGAUUCAUGGAAUUCACGAAAUGUACAAAAUAAUAGAAGUAAUUUUCAUAAUCGAGAAAUGAAUAAUGGAAGUAUGAAGUCUAACAAUAAUACCGACCGAGAACAGGCUUGUGUUGUGCAGUGUUUCUUUAAUGAACUGAAUGUUGUGGAUCAAAAAGGAUUUCCAGAAAGGGAUUUGGUAAUACCAUUAAUGACCCAAAAUAUUCAAGAUCCAGAAUUGAAAGAUUUUGUUGAAGAAUCAAUAAUAGAAUGCUUCCAUUACCUUGAAUCAAACAAGAGAGAAAAGUGCGAAUUUUCACAGAAUCUUUUAACGUGUUUGGCUGAAAAAGGACAACAACGAUGUGAAGAUUGGGAAAAUUAAAAAAGUGCAUUCAUUCUAAUUUUUUCAACUAUAUAAGAAGGUAAAAAUAUUAUAUUAAAGAUAUAUGUGCAAUAAGCAAUAGAAGUUAUAAAUAAUUGUCUGAGUGCAUUUACUUAAGCAUACAAUAGCUUUUAUAUGUAAAAUUGCACUUUCUUGGUUGUGUAAUGUUCGUAUAAUUCUUUACAGCAUUGCAAAAUUUCGAUUGUUUAAAUUAUUGUUUUUAAAUUGAUAUUGCUAAAAUAUAUUGUCAAUACUGUAAUAUAACAUAUCUUUUCAG